AUGACUGCCGCCCUCACCUCCAGUGACAGACGUCGCCCUCUAACACCGCCUCCAGUGACUGCCGCCAAGCACGCGACAUUGCCUCCCAAUGCCGACACCGUCUCCUUCGCACCACAACGCACGUCGCUUCACCAGCCAGGGUUGCCCUGCUGCAUCUCCCCUCUCCAUGCCGACACCACCUCCGUCACCUCACAGCGCAUACCGCUUCACCGCCAGCGCUGCCCUGUCGCAUCUCCCCUCUCCACAUCGACGCUGACUCCGUCGCCUUGUAGCGCAGCCGCCGCCUCACCGGCCAACGCACACCACCGCCUCACCGGCCAGCGCACGCCACUGCCUCACGGGCCAGCGCACGCCACCACCUCACGGGCUAGCACUUUCGUGUCGCAUCCCCUCUCACUCGCUCCUUCGAGGCAUCCAAUCGUCAUCACCUCUCGAUAUGUCGCCUCAGGCGUAACGCUAGCGCUCUCUGGGAUGCCGCUUCUAGUGCCCCCCCUCCCCCGCCCUUUGAGAUGCAGCUUCUAG